AUGGUGUCCCCUCAAGUAACCAAUCUGGCCAUCAUCGUGGUGAUGAUGCAGCUGGCCAAGAAGGUUCCCUUCGACGACCCGGAUGUGCUCUUCCUUGUGCGCUGCCUGUACGUCGCAUCCAACGUGAUCAUCCUGAGUCUGUAUCUCUACACUCAGUCCAAGAUCAACAGCAAGAAGGAUUUGGCGACUCUCAAGUACGUCGAGCCUGCUCCCAUGGGAAGCGGCGAGGAGCCCCGUCCGGUGACGACCACCAACAUGGACUACGACAAGGGUCAGCUGCGCCAGCUGAUCAAGGGCCAGCUGAUGGGCGUUGGAAUGAUGGGUGUGAUGCACCUGUACUUCAAGUACACCAACCCUCUUCUGAUCCAGUCGAUCAUCCCGCUCAAGAGCGCCUUCGAGUCGAACCUCGUCAAGAUCCACGUCUUCGGCAAGCCCGCUACCGGUGAUCUCCAGCGCCCCUUCAAGGCCGCCAACAGCUUCUUGAACCAGGGCCAGGUCAAGAGCGACAAAGCCUCGAUCGAGAAUGCCGAGAAGAACUGGCGCGGUGGUGUCAAGGAGGAGUAA